AUUAAUCCUUUGUGUGUGUAUUAAUAUUUUCUCAGGAAGUUUUUAUUUUUAUUUUUUGUUUCUUUCUCUUCCUCGGCUCUUUCCAUCCUCAUCAAUAAUGAUUUUCUCGUUAGGGGUAUCGUUUUUGAGGAAUCUGAGGAGUUGUUGUUGACGCUUUGGAAAAAGUGGCAGCUAUAGGCCCUAAAAAACAUGACGUUAAAAGAAGAAGAAAAACAACAAGCUGAAUCACAAGUGCACGAGUGUUCGUGAUUAUGUGUUGAUGUGAUCUCUGGAAAAUAAAUCGGCUCUUUUCUGGCCUUUAUUUCCAAAAUCUCCAUUUUUUCCCUCUCUAUCUCUGUGUUGUGGGGGUUAUUUGGGAUUCAUGUUCUUAGGAGUUUCCGUCUAAUUCCUUUUUCUUGAUUUUUUUUGGAGGUUUUACACUUUUGCUUUCCUUCGAAUCUCCCUUUGUGAAAUUUCUCAUGUCUCAACAAAGGCAAUUUCAGAUGGUGGGUGGUAACAAUCCCGGGCAGUACAAUGACACAACUUUUACCAAAAUCUUCGUUGGAGGGUUGGCUUGGGAGACUCAAAGGGAUACAAUGAGGAGAUAUUUUGAGCAAUUCGGAGAGAUCCUAGAGGCUGUUGUCAUCACAGAUAAAAACACUGGGAGAUCCAAGGGUUACGGUUUUGUUACGUUUAAGGAUCCAGAUUCAGCCGCAAGAGCAUGUCAAAAUCCAUCUCCUGUCAUUGAUGGAAGAAGAGCAAACUGCAAUCUGGCAUCUCUUGGUGCACAGAAGACUCGUCCACCAACUCCUCAACAAGGUUCAGGGCGGUUUGGACGAGCAACUGGCGUAGUUACCCCACCUGCUUAUCAGAGCACAUAUUACCAUCAACCUACGGGUCAAUACACUUAUCCUUAUUCGGCUUAUGGGUACAAUGGAUAUUCCCAUGAUGCUAUGUAUCCCACGAACUAUUAUAGUGUUUAUGGAAGUCAACCAUCCUCUCCUUACUAUGCCACAACAAGGGCAGCAGGGCCACCUGGGAUGUUCCAUAAUUUGUACCCAUUCUAUGCACAAUAUGCACAAAGUAGCCAGCCUCAUGGUUUUGGAGUCCAAUAUCCCCAAAUGGUACAGUACCCAUAUUUGCCUCAUCACUAUAGCUCCACUGGGAUACUCUCUCUUCCUUCUUCAAUGGCAAUGCAAUCUACAGUCACAGGUGUAGCAGCAGCAGCAGCAAUAUCAGGGGUGACCGGAGCAGGUGCAAGUGCUUCACAGGCCUCCGGAACAGCUUCUGAACAGAAUUCAUCAACUUAGUCUCAACUGGGGAAUAACAAUUUCUUGAAAGACUGACAGCUUGGAUAGAAGGGUGAAACGCGCUGCAGACGAAAACAGGGAAAAAGUGAAUAGAAAAAAAAAAAAUAAAGUUACUAAUUCAAAAGGAUGGCUGAUCAAUUAGACUAACAAAGGAAAAAGGCAUCCAAGAAUCAAGCGUGGAAUCAUUCAUUCAUGGAACGGCACAGAGAUAUGUUCAAGCUUGUUCCACUAACAGUCUUUGCUUCGUUAUCAGCUCAUCAUGUUCAUUUUCAUCAUCAUACUUGUUUUGUUUAUGACAAUAUGGGGCCCUUUAAUUGUUUGAAUAGCCGUUAGCAUUAGGAUAAGAACCACCUCAUUCAUUUAUGCAUUGGGAGGUAGAAACUGAAUAUUGGCUUUGGAUUCUACCUUUUAGACUAAUUUGCUAGAUGGUAACGUCUUGGAGCAGAGAGCAUCCAAUGACAUGAACCUGUUUAUAUUGGCAUUUAACGGGCGCAAAAGAUUGAUUUUAUGUCUUUUGAACCCCGAUUGGCUGGUCAAGUUGAAAAGGGCGAGCUCGGAUAGCUCAGCCAUUUUGACUUGUAAUUUUUCUUUGUUUGUUCAUUCUUCCAUGAUUGGGACGUUAUUUUUCUUUUAAUGUUUUAAGGAGAUGGGAUUAGUUGAGAAAAAAGAAGAUUGUCUCUUGGCUUGUCUUUCUUACUGAUAAUCACAGCUUAUUUUAUC